AUGAAAUAUGAGACUAUCUAUGCUAUAAAAACAAAACAAGACAUCAAGGUUUACAAUAAGCCAGUGAAAACCCUCGAACGCCAGUUUCCAUCUGCAAAACAGAAACCACCAAUUGAAGAGCAGAAGAACGUAGUCUACCAAAUACCUUGUCAAGAUUGUAGUUGGAGCUACAUAGGCGAAACAGGAAGAUUCCUGAAGACGAGAAAGUCUGAACACGUCAGGAAUGUAAAACAAAGCAAGAAGGGAUCGAAUGUUGCAAAACACGCAUGGACUCAAGAUCAU